AUGUUUCUGUCAGACGUUACUAAUAAUCCCUUAAUGGAAAAAUUCUUGAUUCAAACGAAAGAAUUUGUAACGUGGACACAACAAAAUGAACGUGAAUUUUUUGAAGAAGUUAUGAAAAUUAAUUUCUUUGUUCCGUUAGUUUUUUUGGGUGGGACGCUUUUUAUCACUGCUCCUUAUGGAAAGUUUCAAUGGAAUAGUUUAAGACUUCCGGGAAAAUUUGCGUGGUUGUUUCAAGAGUCCUUUUCACCUAUAGUAUUUAUAUACAGUUUUUUUAUAAAGAAUCUUUUCUCCAUUACCAUUUUCACUGACGCAACUUAUACUACAACUCAAAUAAUUCUUGCUUCAUUCUGGAUAAUACAUUAUACAAACAGAGUGAUAAUAUAUACUUAUCGAGCUCCAAACAUUGCACCUAUUCAUAUAUUACCUGUGCUUGUUGCUAUAUUUUAUAAUAUUAUUAAUGGAUAUACUAAUGCACGUUGGAUUUCACUUUUUGGUAGAGAUAAUUACCUGUAUGAUGAAAAUGGACAGGACAUUUGUAAAACACCAAGAUUUAUUCUAGGUGUUUUUAUUUUUUUAUUAGGAAUGAUGAUUAAUAUUCAUCAUGAUAAUAUUUUAUUUUCAUUACGAAAUAAUCUUGAUAAAUCCACUACUAAAUCAGAAUCUGUUAAAGUAAUAACUAAUACAAAUUCUUCUAGUAGAUAUGUAAUUCCAAAUGGUGGAUUGUUUAAUUAUAUAACAUGCCCACAUUAUUUUGGUGAAAUAAUUGAAUGGAUAGGUUUCGUAAUUGCAACUUGGUAUAGUUAUCCUGCAGUUUUGUUCUUAAUGGCUACGAUUGCGAAUCUUGUACCGCGAGCGAAAAGUAAUUUAAAUUGGUACAGAGAGAAAUUCGGUGAUAUGUAUCCAAAGAAUAGAAAGGCUAUUGUUCCUUUUGUUUGGUGA